UUCACUUUUUGGAAACUAUUUAGUUUGAUUUUACUAAAAUACAAAAAAAAAAAAAAAAAAAAAAAGCUAAAUAAAGUAGAUUGAAUAAAGAGAAGUUAUGCCUCAGCUAAAUGAUGUUGUAUGGAGUCAAAGUGGUUUUGAAGAUUUAAAGAAAUUGUUUUGUAAAAACAAUGAGUUUCUUCGUGAUGCAGCCUUACUCUUUUUUGAAAGAUCCAAAUUAGAACAAGCAUUUUCUGAGGGUUUAGUAAAGUUUGCAGCAAAAGCAAAAAAGAUCUGUGGAGAAAAUGGAACUUUAAAAACUUCUUGGGAAGAGCUUGCAAAACAAACUGAGGAAGAAGCUGAUAUUCAUAGGUUGGUAUCUACUAAUUUAAUGGAAGAUAUAGUAAAGCCUUUAAAAUUGUUUGCAGAUAAUCAAAAAGAAGCUCGAAAGGCUGCUGAAUUAGUUGUUGAUAAAGCAGCAAAAUCAUAUUCUGAAAAGCAUUUAAAAGAAGUUCAGUCAAAGAAAAAUGCUUAUUUAAAGUCAAAAGAGUCUGAAAGCUUAACUACUCAAGCAGAAAAUUCAAGAGAUAAAACUGUUUCAGAAAAAGAAUUGUUAAAACUUGAUCAGAAAUGCAAGAAAGCUGAAGAAUCUGUUUUAAAAGCAGAUGAUGAGUACAUUGCAAGAUUCAUAGAAGCAGAACGUGCGCAGUUGGCACUGGAUAGCGCUAUAAGUUCCUCUGUGAAGUUACUUGAAAAGAUUGAAGAUGAAAGAAUAGACUAUUUUAAAAAAACUUUGCUUCAAUAUUCAUCAAUACUCAGUGAAACAGUUCCUAAAUAUCAACAGAGUUACAAUCAAAUUGUAGAUUGUAUAAACAGAAUUAAUAAACUUGAAGACAUGCAGUUGCUCUGUGAAAAUCAUGGAACAAAGCGCUUACCAGCAGAGCAAUCUCUAUUUACUUGCUAUGAGGAUGACUUUACUAACACAAUGAAUAAUAUAAGAAGAAAGAUGGCGUUGGAAAGCAAAAUUUCAAAACUUGCACGAUUGCUUGUUGCUGAAAGAAACUCAAUUAGAGGUUUAAGUCGAUUAAACUCCGUGUAUGAAGAUACACCAAGCUACUCAACUGAGAGUGUUCAACAAAAUAUUAUGCUUCAGUUUAAUCAGAUGAAGAGUAUGAUUAAUCUUCUAGAAGCGAGUAUUUAUAGACUUAAUAUUUCUCUUUCUAAAGUAACACAAAUGCCUCCUCCUACACACAAGUUAUCAUCAUUUAUAAUGGAUUCUAAAGAUAAACAAGGAAUCGGAAGCUCUAUUCUUUGUGUUCCAAUUGAUUUUGGUAACAGCGAUAAUUAUGAAGAAGAAAAUGCUUACGAGACAACAUCAAGUCAUACCCCUGUAUAUGAUACUUUAAACCGUUAUGAGAGCGAUGAUGAAGAUUUUGAUCCGGACUUUGAUGACGUAGAUUCUGAUGUUUGUGAUGGACAAGAGAGUCAACCAAAUGUUCAACGUGAAAAAAUCAUAUGUGUUGCGGAUUUUGAUUAUACUGCGGCAGCAGUAGAUGAACUCACAAUUCGACGUGGAGAUCGCAUAUCCGUACUGGUGCAACAUGACGACGGAUGGUGGAAAGGCGAGUCAAGAGGCAAACAAGGAUUAUUUCCUGCAACCUAUGUUCACGAGCUUAAGUCAAAAAAAUGAUUUUUUUUAUGUACAUUUAAUUAUGCUUACCUAAAAUACACAGCAGAUGCAUUUCUUGCCGGUGUGUACAGAAUGUAUGUAUUUAAAUGUUGACUUCUUCCUCAUCCCACUUACUGAAUUCAUUCAUUAAACUUGUCGAAUGUGUACCACAAUAAAUGUACCACAAGUACAAUUGUUAGCGUUACUAACAGAUAAGUGUUAGUGUGAAAUAUGUUUCUUAUGUUUAUUUUUCUACUUUAAUGUUAUUUUUUUUUAUAGUUUU